GAGGAAGGAGAAAAGAGGAGGAGGAGGAGGAAGAAGAGGAGGAGGAAGGAGAAAAGAGGAGGAGGAGGAGGAUGCGGGGACAGAAUCAGCGAGCGGCGGCCCUGGCGGCGUUGCGGCUGCUGCCGGCGCUGGUGCUGCGGGUCCACACGGGGCUGGCCUGGGGCUGGCUGCUGGCGCUCUCCCUCGGGGUCUACGCGGCCACGGGGGGGUGGAGGUUCCUGCGGGUCGUGGGGAAGACGGCGCUGAGAGACCUCCACGGCGUCACCGUGUUGGUCCGCACCAAACUGGCGGUGAGGCGGCUGAUGAGAAGGAACGACACCGUCCCCGUCGUCUUCCAGGAGGUGGUGCGCCGUCACCCUGACAAGGUGGCUCUGAUCUACGAGGGCACGGGUGAGCGGUGGACGUUUUCCCGUCUGGACGGCGAGGUGAGCGCGGUGGCCCACGUCCUGUGGGAGCACGGCGUGCGGCCCGGCCACGUGGUGGCCCUCUUCAUGGAGGGCCGCCCGCGGUUCGUGGCCGCCUGGCUGGGGGCCGCCCGGCUCGGGGCCGAGGCGGCGCUCAUCAACUGCUCGCUGCGGGGGGAGGCCGUGCUGCACUGCCUCAGAGCGUCAGGGGCCAGGGCGCUGCUGUUCGGGGCGGAGCUCACCGAAGCCUUCGAAGAGAUCCGUGGCUCGCUGGGCAAGGACCUGCUGCUGUUGUGCAGCGGAGAGACGGGCACGGAGCCGACCCCGCACGGGGCGCUGCCGUUCGACACGCUGCUCACAGCCGCGCCCACACACGAAUUCCCACGGGCGCAGGGACGUGGAUUCUCUGACCGCCUCUUCUACGUCUACACCUCCGGUACCACCGGCAUGCCCAAGGCGGCCAUUGUAGUACACAGCAGGUACUACCGCAUGGCCACGCUGGUGCACUACGGCUUCGGCAUGAAGACCUCGGACGUCCUCUACUCCUGCCUGCCCCUCUACCACACGGCCGGCAACAUUGUGGGCGUGGGGCAGUGCUUGAUGCACGGCCUCACCGUCGUCAUCCGCAAGAAGUUCUCCGCCUCGCGAUUCUGGGACGACUGUGUCAAGUUCAACUGCACGAUCGUGCAGUACAUCGGCGAGACGUGCCGCUACCUGCUGAGCCAGCCGGAGCGCCGCGCCGAGCGCCUGCACUCGGUGCGCCUGGCGCUGGGCAACGGCCUGCAGGCCGCGGUGUGGCGGGACUUCACUCGGCGCUUCCGCGUGCCACAGAUCGGGGAGUUCUACGGCGCCACCGAGUGCAACUGCAGCAUCGGCAACUUCGACAACACGUUUGGCUCCUGCGGGUUCAACAGCCGAAUCCUGCCCAGCGUCUACCCCAUCCGCCUCAUGCGUGUGCAGGAGGACUCCAUGGAGCUGCUCAGGGACUCGGAUGGACUCUGCAUCCCCUGCCAGCCUGGCGAGCCGGGGCAGCUGGUGGGGCGCGUGGUGCAGUCCGACCCCCUGCGCCGGUUUGACGGCUACGUGGACGAGUCAGCCACCCACAAGAAGCUGGCACGGAACGUCUUCACUCAGGGGGACUGUGCUUACCUCUCUGGCGACGUGCUGGUGAUGGACGAGCUGGGCUACAUGUUCUUCCGUGACCGUACCGGUGACACGUUCCGCUGGCGUGGUGAGAACGUCUCCUCCAGCGAGGUGGAGGCGACAGUGAGCCGCUUGCUCGGCAUGGCCUCCGUAGCGGUCUACGGGGUGGAGGUGCCCGGCGUGGAGGGCAAGGCCGGCAUGGCCGCCAUUGCGGACCCCGCCGGCUCGCUGGACGUGGUGGCGUUGUACGCGGCGCUGGAGAGGGUCCUGCCCCCUUACGCCCGGCCACUCUUCCUGCGGGUCCUGGAACGGCUCGCCACCACCAGCACCUUCAAACUGCUGAAGACGGAGCUCCGCCGUGAGGGCUACGACCCUCGCACGCUCACGGACCGCUUGUACUUCCUGGACGCGAGGCGGCGGGCCUACGUGGAGCUCACGCCAGCCCUGCACAGCGACAUCGUCAGCGGCCACGCCCAGCUGUGACUCCUCCACCGCCUCCUCCGCCUCCUCCGCCUCCUCCGCCUCCACCGCCUCCUCCGCCUCCUCCGCCUCCUCCUCCGCCUCCACUGCCUCCUCCUCCGCCUCCACCGCCUCCUCCGCCUCCUCCGCCUCCUCCGCCUCCACCGCCUCCACCGCCUCCUCCGCCUCCUCCGUCCCUCGCCAACGUGAUCAUCGAUGUCCCCUCUUCGCCGUGGUUACCGGUCACCCAUUUCCCGGUUGACAAUCCGCGUGUGAGAGUGGGAGUGUGUCAGUGUGUGUGUGUGUGUGUGGAGGCAGUCGCCCUCCAACAACAGCGGAGGGCGGAGGAGCGACGCUCACAACAACGAGCGGAGCGCCGG